AUGAUCUCUCUCUGCCAUGUGAGGAUUCAGAAGAAGGCAGCCAUCUGCAAUCCAGGAAGAGGGGUCUCACCUGAUACCUUGAUCUUGGACCUUCCAGUCUCCAGAAGUGUGAUAAGUGGAAAAGUGGAACCCAUGGUCCCUGUCCCGGUGAGCCCGUGGUCUGAUGGGGAGGCUGACAAGCGGACAGCUGCACCGAGAGUGGGGUACGCGCUGGAGCAGAGAGAGAAGCACGGCCGCUCAGAGCGCACAGCGAGGGCUUGCGUCCCGGAGAAGCUGAUGCUGGAGCUGCCCAAGGGCACGAGGAGUUAUCCAGAAAGCGCAUUGAAAAGGACAGCUUGUCAUUGCUUAUUUGAACUCCCUUCAUCAUUUUGA